UUUUGCAGAUUCUUCGCGGUGCCGGGAUCGGGCCAAUCUCGUGGGGCAGCAAGCAGGAGCUUCGUGAUUUCUAUCUCCGAGCUCUGGGGACUUUGAGCUGAGCUGAGCAGAGCAGAGCGGUGCAGAGCUCGAUUGACCAUGGCAGCUGUUUCUGCAGCUGCUGCGACAGUCGGGGUGUGCUCUGGCGUCGUUCUGUGUCCUGAGCAUGCCGUGCUCAGGAAGAGCUCAUGCUCAUGGCCCAGGGCUGCUGCAGCUGUUUGUGCUCCCCAUGGCACGCAAUUGCAAUUAGCAGCGGCCGCCAGUAGGCAUGGGUUGACAGGAUUCGCGAGGAGCACGAGGAGGAGGAACGUGGCCAGAGCUAGCUCGCAACCCAAGACUGAAAUUGAGCUGCAGCAGGAGGAGGAGACGGAGCCAGCGAGCGCCCAAGGUGCCGUCGACGAUGUGGCCUCGACACCGAGUUCCUCUUCGGCUCCAUCAUCCCCGGGCUUGCAGAAGGAGCUCAACAAGGCAGUGAGCAAGACGGCGGCAACAUUUGCUCCGCGAGCAUCCACUGCGUCCAAGAACCCUGCCGUUCCUGGGAGCACUCUGUACAAGGUUUUCGAAAGCCAGGCGUAUGUGUCCAUGGUCGUCGGAGGCGCCCUGUCCUUCAAUCUUCUGUUCCCAUCGGACCAGGCGGAUAUCUGGAGGCUCAUGGGGAUGUGGUCCAUCUGGAUGUUCACAAUACCUUCUCUCAGAGCCCGAGAUUGCUCCAAGAAGGAGAAGGAAGCUCUGAACUAUCUGUUUCUUCUCGUGCCCUUGAUCAACGUGACGCUUCCCAUAUUCUGGAAGUCUUUCGCUGCCGUUUGGUCGGCCGACGUCGUGGCCUUUUUCGCCAUGUACGCCUGGAAGAUGGAGUGGUUAUCAGAUGCGAAGAAAGUGGACGAGUGACAGAUUUUUUGAGGUCAAAUUUGUUGAAAUUCAAGUUAGCAGAUGCCCGGCUUUGUUAGACGAUAGUCUUUAUUCAUAUCACAGACAUUCAGAAUGUUAUUUAGAAUCAGAAUUGCUGGAAUCUGAACAAUUGCAUUCCUUGUAGGACAGACAGACAGCAAGCAGCUUAGGAAUUCUGUUGGCUAAUUGGUAGACUACUAGCGUGGCCAAAUGUACGCCACGCAGUGUGCUCUAGUAGAAAAUGUACUGAAGGUAAAAUAUGUAAACUAAACGCCGAAGUUGCAAACUAGUGCAAGUUUUGGGACCCAAUUUUGGAGAACAAGACAUCAACGGAGUGAAUGCUUUUCC